UUACCUCCAUAGUCUUCCAUUUUACUAUCCAACAAGCUCACAAACGAAUUCACUCAUAGUCUCUCAAACAAAAUGCCACCUAUCCAACAUUACACUAUUGCUUGGUUUGAGAAAACAUUGACCAAAUCCUAUAUACAAAACGAUGAUUUCAUUCUUCCAACUAUGGAUGUUCUUCCACAAGUUGACAAAGAAGCCGUUGUUUUAUACGACAAAGGCUCUUUCAAAAUGAAAUACAAGAUCGGUCGAAAGGCGCGCCUCAACAAUGGGUGGAAAGAGUUUGUUGAUGCAAAAGGCCUAAGGGAGGGGGAUGAGUUGCGUUUUCAAGUUUGUGAUCUAGAGGAUCGCCUCUACUUCAUUGUUACUAAAGUGGAGGAGCGGAGAUCAUAGAUGUUGAUUAGGUCGUCUCUUUCUUUUAUGAAAAAUCAAGUUUGUUUUGUUUUGUUUUGUUUUGUUUUUGUUUACUUAAUGACGUAUGGUUUUGAUUUAUGUUAGUAUCCAAAUAUAUAUUCAUUCGA